AUCUGCUUUUAAAACUCAAACGAGCACAUAAGGUUAUCUCUCAUCCUGCCGCAUUUGAAACUAAAUUCCAACGCUUAUAAUAAUUUAGUGUACCCAAAUUUAGAUUGAAAACAAAUAUGACUUAUUAAUCCUUAAAAGAUGAAUUAUUUUAAACCGAUUCUCAUUCUUAUAACCGUCAGUAUAUUUCUAAAUACACAAUGCAUUCCUACCGCCACCGCUGCCGCCGGAUUUGAAAAAGUUUUCAUUAGAAACGAUAUGGAUUGGUCAUAUCCGUCGGUUGGAAAUAAAUUCGAACUUCCUGUGCUCGAUGGUCUUCGAUGGAAGAGCUUGGAAAAUUCGAUAAUUAAAUCGGGAGCAAUCAACUUAAAGGAUGUCUUUCGAAAUAGUGUCGAUACCAUAAAAAUGAAAAGUAAAAAUGUCGAUAUAAUAUUUCUAAUCGAUUCAAGUUCGAGCAUUGGAAAAGUGAAUUUUAAUAGUGAAAUACGUUUUGAUUUAAGUUUUAACUAUACGCGAAUUGCACUGAUAACGUUUAGUUCCCAAACAAAAGUGAUCCGUCACAUUGAUCAAAUUUCCUCACCAAGCGAAGACCAUGAUCAAUGCAGCGCUAUUAUGAACGAUAUACCUCGUAUUGAGUUUGCAAGUGGCGGUACAUAUACGUACGGUGCCCUAAAAGAUGCUCAGACAAUAUUAAGUACUGCACGCCCAAAAAGCCGCAAAUACAUUUUUCUGGUGACAGACGGAUUUUCGAAUGGCAAGGAUCCAAUACCCGUUGCUGAAGAAUUAAAAUCCAACAAUGUUACCAUUUUUACAAUUGGCAUACUAUCAGGAAACUAUGAUGAGCUCUAUAACAUUUCGAGUUAUCCCAAGGAGAAGCACAGCUUCUUUUUGGGUAGUUUCAAGGAAUUUGAAAAAUUAGCUCGUGGAGCACUUCUUCAGGACCACAAACUUGGCUACAGCAUCAAACUGAAUAACCCAGAUCGUUGCAAUAUACUUUGCAAUAACACAAAUCCGAGCCUGGAUCGUAAUGUCACGUCUUCUUGCUGUCACCCACUGGCCAACUGUGAGUGUGGUAUACCAUCAGGGCACUAUGCUUGCACUUGCCCAGAUGGAUACGUUGGGAACGGACUUUUGGAAGACUGUAAACCUUGUCCUUCGAGAUCUUACUGGAUUCAUUCACAAACUUGUGUGCCUUGUCCCGACAUCAACCACGUUACAUUAGUUAGCCCAGCUGUAAGUGUUGAAGAUUGUGUAUGCAAACCAGGAUUCAGGCGAACUCCUGAUCAUCGAUGUGAAGGCAUAACAUGUCCAAAACUUAGCCCACCAGAUAAUGGUUAUUUUGUAACACAGCCCGCGGGUUAUGCAAAUGUCCUGAAUGCUGCUUGUGGAAUUCGUUGUAAAUCUGGUUAUCAUUUAUUGGGAAGUAGUCUUCGGCUGUGCCAGGAAAAUGGAACUUGGUCCGGAACUGAGGCUCAGUGCGUUUUAAAAUCAUGUCCAAGUCUUUUGGUGCCCGCCAAUGGCACUAUCACUUGUCAGAAUCAUGACAUAGAACUGCCAUCGUUCGAAUACUCCCUCAAAAAUGACAGCUUUAUGGAAUCAUAUCUAGAUGACACCAAACGUCGUACAGAACCAAUGCCCAUCGAUACUGAGUGCUCUUACAUUUGUCUUCCUGGACACUAUAUAGUCGGUUCAAAGAAUAGAAAUUGUUUGCCUAUAUCCAAAUGGGAUGGUCGUCAGACGACUUGUAAAACUAUAAUGUGUGCACCUUUGCCAAAGCCAAAAUUUGGAAAAUUUGAGCACCCAGAAUGUACACAAGGUAAACAACCUCAUGGGACAAAUUGUACACUCAUUUGCCCAGAAGGGUUUACAUUAAAAGGUCCAGAAACCCGGGUUUGCAGUGGAAAAAAGAAUGGUUUUUGGACACCAAAAUAUAAAAAUUCUAAAUGCGUUGAUAUAACCCCACCAAAACUUGUCUGUCCCGAUAAUUAUACUCUAGAGUUGCCACCGAAUAGUGAUUCAAUUUUCGUACUAUCUCUACCACCUCCUUUAGAAGUUAAAGAUUCAUCAUCUUCAAGUUUAAAAAUUUGGACAAAACCAUCAAUAGACGAUGCAACAGGAGUUGGUCUAAAAGUUGGACAUCAUAUUUUUACAUAUUUUGCCAGUGAUCAAUCGAAUAACAAAGCCGAGUGUAAUUUCCGUGUCGCAGUUCUCGACAAUACACCACCAAUUGUUGAAAAUUGUGUUGAUUCGGAAGAGUUUUGGAUAACAUCGGAUAAUCGAAGUUCGAAAAUAGAAUGGGAAGAACCAAAUUUUGUUGAUAAUUCGAAGGAAGAUGUUGAUGUUAGAAUUUUAACGGCAUUGGAUCCACGUAAAAUGGAAACACUUGUUGCAGGGGAAUAUCCAAUUUUGUAUACCGGACAAGAUGGAUCGAAAAAUUAUAACGAAUGUCUUUUAAAUAUAACGAUAAGAGAGCUAACUUGUGAUCCUUUGGCAUCGCCAGAAAACGGCCUAUCAUACUGCGCCAAGAAUACAUCACACACUUGGUGUGAAAUUACCUGUGACUAUGGAUAUGCAAUUUUUGAUGAAGAAAUCGGUGAAUAUUUGGAUAAUUUUCGACUAUCCUGUGAUCAAAAACAUCCUGGUUGGAAGUACAGAACAAUACCUGACUGUACAAAAUUAGACUUACCUGAUGCUGCUGGACAUUCCCUGACUCUGGAAUUGGAUAGUGAUAAUCCCCUUUGCUCUAGUAAGGAGUCUCAAGACACUUUUGUUGCGAGCUUAUCAGAUCAAAUGAAGGCACACUUAUGCAAUGAUCAGAAGGAUUGUAAUAUUAUUUCAGAGAUUCCAGAAUGUACUGAAGAAGAAGACUUAACAGAUACCGAUGAAGUUGAAAAAUAUCAUGUUUCGAAAAGAGAUAUAAAUGCAGUGGCAAAUCGUCCAAAAAAAAACAAAAAACGUCUUCGAUUUAAUGUUAAAAUUCGAAUCUUUUCGAAAAUAAGCAAAUUUAUGGGCUUAUGGGAAAAUAAUGCUUCACCAUCGGAAAAUAUUCGUCUUAUGAAACAUGAAUUCCAAAAAUUCGAUACCAAUGAACCAUUGAAGAGAGUAUUGGAAGAUAUGAAAAUCAACGUUAAGGGGUUGAAAAUUGAAGAAUUUGUUCGGUGUCCCGAUGGAAGUGUAUCGAGGAAGAAUAUUUGUGUGCAAUGUGCUCGUGGAACGUACGAAGAUGCAGCUUUAAAUAUCUGCAAGUUGUGUCCAUUGGGGACCUUUAACCCUGAUUAUGGACAAAUUGAAUGUACGAAAUGCCCCCUUCAUUAUAGCACACGGAAAGAAGGACGUCUUUAUCAAGUCGAUUGCAUAGCUGAAUGUCCACCGGGAACUUGGGCCAAAUUACGCAAGAAACCUCGUAAAACCUCUACAGGAGUCACACUUACCCAUAGUCUAAUGCCUUUUUGCAGAAAAUGUGCAGCUGGCGAUUACCAACCUUCAUUUAAUCAAGUAAGAUGCUACCAGUGUCCGAAAGGCUUUACCUCGCAACGCGGUUCAACAUCACUCUACGACUGCAAUGAGGAAAGACAGCACAUCUGUGAGACUCAGCCGACAAUUUGUGGAGAGUUCGGGAGGUGUAUUAUUGAAAAGGGUGGUGACGAUCUUUAUAGCUGUCAAUGCUUGGCCGGCUAUCAAGGAGCACAGUGCGAGCAUGCAAUUGACCUUUGUCAUUCGGCUCCAUGUGUCAAUAAUGGCAUUUGUACUCAUCUCAAUGACACUACGAUCAUCUGCCAAUGUCCUCCAGAAUAUACCGGAAAGUUUUGUGAGGAACUACGUAACCCGUGUGAAGUGACCGCUUGUGAAAAUGGCGGCACAUGCGUCGUAUCAGAAGACGGCGAGGCUGUGUGCGAAUGUCCAUUGGACUUUGAGGGGAAGUUAUGUGAGGAAUCGGUCAACUACUGCGACUCAAAGCCUUGUGAGUCGGGUUUUUGUCACAACCAAAUUAACGGAUAUAUUUGUAUCUGCCCUCCUGGCAUCAUCGGAAGAAGAUGCCAUCUGAGACCUUGCGAUAACUUCCCUUGUCAUCCAAAUGCUACUUGUGUAGAUUUGAUGGAUGUCCCUGCUACCAGGGGUAGUUACGAGUGCAAAUGUCCCACAGGGCUGUCGGGAUUAGACUGCUCGAAGGUAUUGAGUCCGUGUGAAUCUUCGCCAUGUAAGAAUAAUGGAAUAUGCAAAGCUCUAGCCCUAAGAGGGGAUCCUGUGCCCGAUGGACAAGUUUUAAAUGAUGAUGUGUAUGAGAAAUUUACAUGCAAAUGUCCGCCAUAUUUUUAUGGAGAACUGUGUGAGAUCUUCACCAAGCCAGACUUUAUUAUGAAAUUCAGCAAAGCAAGUACUUUGAACUAUGUCAAAAUGAAAGGUCCUGAGCAUGAUCUAUCCGAGCUUUCAUUUUGCACUUGGAUCAAAACAGAUGACAGCUUUACAUAUGGAGCUAUUUUGUCAUAUGCCACAAAGGAUGACGACAACGCCUUUACUCUGACCGACUACUCAGGGUUUGUUUUGUAUGUUAAUGGUAACUCAUCGGGUUCGGAUAUUGUUGCUAACGAUGGUGAAUGGCAUUUCUUGUGUGCCUCUUGGACAAGUGAAGAUGGUUAUUUUGAGCUCUUUUUCGAUGGUCGAUUGGAGCAUGCAGGCUUGAAUUUAAGUGCAGGACAGCACAUUCCUAAAGAUGGUAUUUUCAUCAUUGGUCAGGAACAAGACAGACUUGGUGGUGGUUUUAGUGAAUCGGAGUCAUUUAUCGGUCAAAUAGCUUAUCUGGAAGUUUGGGAUACAGUCAUAACGGCCGAUCAAGUUCAGGAAUUCUAUAGAAGUUGUGAUCCCUAUCGUGGAAGCCUAUAUUCGUGGACAGAUUUUAAAGAACAUAUUCAUGGUGAAAUAGAAAUUUUACCAUCGCAAUUUUGUCAAGACUGUCCUAGAGAUCUUCAAAUUGCAAACGGUUUUAUACGCUACAAUCACAAUCAGGCGAUGUAUUAUUGUUCUCCAGGUUAUAUUCUACACGGUCCCACAAAUAUAAGGAACUGCUUGAGGACUUCGGAAUGGUCUUACGAAGUACCACAUUGUGAGGUUGUCGAUUGUGGAAACUUACGACCAUUGGAAAAUGGACGAAUAAACUAUUCAUCAGGCACAACUUUACAUAGUAUUGCCGAAUAUGAAUGCAACAUUGGAUACGCUGUUGAUGGAAAUGACAAGAGAGUAUGUUUAACUAUGGGAAUGUGGUCUGGCCAAGAUCCACUUUGUCAAAGUUAUGUUCAGUGUGAAAAGUUGUUUCCACAAGAAAACAUUAGAGUUUUGUAUGCUAACGAUAAGGGAAUAAUCAAAUGGGACAUGGAUUACUAUCCAGUUGGAGUUUUUGCAGAAUUGACUUGUUUAAUUACAUCAGUGAGUCAAACUAAGAUAUGCAUGGAUGAUGGUGAGUGGUAUGGCUUGACUCCAAACUGCACUCAUGUCACAACCACAAGUGAAACACCCUCUGAAACAACUUUAACACCACUCAUGAAUAACAUAUCCAGAACUACAAUCACAUCGAUAAUGCCUUCUACCACCCCACCUUAUGACAUCAAAAAUACUGACGAGUCCAAUAUAUUUUCUACAACAACAACAUUUGUAACUCUUAGUGAAAAUGGAUCAUCCACUACAACUACCAACGAGGAAAACUUACCAUCAACAACAACGACUGAAAAACCAUUUCCUUCAACAUCUCCACAAUCUCACAAUCCAAACACCUUUGCCUACCCUGAAAAAGAUUUCUGGAAUCUUUUGUAUGAAUUUCUAUACAAAGGUUGUUUAGGCGAAACUGCAACCCAAGUCAUUCUUUGCUCACAUCUUAUUAAACCUGUUCAUCUUACGAAUCUCUUCAUUUCGGAUCAAAAUAAUUUGGAAAAGUUUCCAAAUGCUGAUGUCCAACUUUUGGAUUUGCUAGAACUCCAUUCCGAGGAUGUUUUGAAUGCAUCGAUCAGUGAUGUGCCAUAUGAAGAUUUCUUUGACAUUCUCAUCUAUGGGAAGGACUUUGCCAAUGCUACAAAAAUGAAUGCUGAUCUGGAAAAUGCCUUAAGAUUCACACUUUCUAUCUUCAUCGAUGCUAUUGCCUGGGAGAAUAAGUAUGAUCAAAAGCCCCCUGUCGAGGAAGAUGCAACUGCCUUAGAAAAUCGCAGUGGCAUUCUGAAAAAGUUGAUCCGAAAACUGAUUGUGCCGUUUUAUGAGAAUUAUAAGAGACGGUUUCAGGGAGUUAACAGUACAACUGAAAGCCCCAAGAAAAUCAGCUCCGCAGAAGAAAACAAAUCUGAUGAGUCUGAUUGGACUGAUGGAAGUAGUAGAGAAUCACAAGGAUGUGAUUGGGGUAAUCUUCCAGAUCCGCCGCAACACGGCAUUAUCGUCAAAUACCAGCUUUUGGAAUAUCAAGCUUCUAAUUUCGCCGGUGAUGUGGAGUACGGAUGUGCAUCACACCUCCAACGAAUCGGUAAAACUUGGUUGUCUAGAUGUUUGAAGAAUGGUCAAUGGAGCGAAAUCGACUACGAAUGUCAUCUUAAGUGGUGUGACCAACCGCCUAUUCUCAAGAAUAUGCUUUUGGAUUCGGAUUCCGAAAGCUUUCGGAUAGGUCAUGUGGUGAACUUGAGUUGCGAGGAAGGUUUCUAUCUUUCAAACAAAAAUACCACCAUUGAAUGUCUUUCCAAUGGCAUUUGGUCUAGAAUUCACACUUGGUGUAAAAGAAUCUCAUGUGACGAUCCAAACUUACCGGAAAACGCUGAAAUUGUGACAGGAAGCUCAUACCUCUAUGAAGACACGCUGUCAAUAAAGUGUAGUGGUAGCUUGUACGAAAUAACUUGCGAUAGUAACGGUAAAUGGUUGUCAAAUGUUCCGGAAGUUUGUUUAUAAAAAAUAAAGAAUAAUUAAAAGUAAAUUUAA